GAGUUGGAGCUACAAAGAGACUCAUGUCAAUAGAUCUAUCUACUUUGCACCAUUACUAUCGUAGUGAUUAUGAGCUCGAAUCACCAGAACGUCUGGGAUUGCAGCAUCUAAUUCCAAUGGUGGAUGGGUUGGUGGAAUGGCAUAGAUUUGGCACUCUCCUCAACGUUCCUCAAAAUGUGCUACGUAAACUGGAAGAGGAGCAUCCUAGAAAUAUUGACCGUAGAGUGACUGAAAUUCUACGUUACUGGUUAGAAAAUGAUGCAGAUCCAAAAUAUUACGAAGUGUUAGAUGCACUGGAAAAAAUACCUAAUGAGAGGUAUUUAGUUAAAGAUUUUAUCGCAAAAAUAAGGUCAAAAGUACAGUUUCCAAAACCGCCAUUGAAGGAGAUAAGCAUUACACAUCAAGAAAAGCUGGCUGAUUCUCUCAAAGAAAUGCAAAAAAAGUUUGCUCGCUUUGUCACAAAGAUACAAGAAGCCUUAGAAAAUUUAGGAAAUUUUCAAAAGAUCUAUCGAUUUGUUGUUAAUUAUCUUCAAGACACAUUUACACCACGACGUGAUCCUGAAAAUAUCAUUCAACUAUUUAUUAGUCUACAGGGACAUUACUGCUUUAUGAACUAUGAAAUAUUGAAAGAGAUAGCAUGCGAAUUUGUCGAAAAGGAUUUGAAAGAAAGCAUGCAUGAAUAUAAAAAGGCCUUGAACAAAUGGCAGAAAUCUACUACAGUGCGAGAGUUUAAGGUAGCAAUGGAAAAGGCAGCUAAACCAGCGAUUGAUGAUCCAUCUCCUGAUCAAUGUCUAGAAUGUCUAGUAAUGUUGAAAUUAGAAGGUGAAUGGUUAAAAAUAACCAUUGAAAAUUUGCAAAGGCUACUCAAAUAUCUUUUUGGUGGAAAAAGAUCGAUUUUCACCAGGAUAAAAAUUAUAGAGGGAUCAGUAAUUGUUCGUGCAUUAGCUCCUAAAUCAGAAAUGCUUUCACUUCUUUGUAAAUCUAGUCGGAAAUGCAAAGAACUAUUAUACCUCGGUGUUUUGAGCAUACAAGUGGGGAGCUUAUAUUUUGAAGCAUUGCCCGUUUUUCCAUGCCUCAGUUUUACUUUUGAACUUGGAUUAUGUGAGGCUAUUAAUAAGCAUUGCAAUCUUGAUUUGAUAAGGUUUCUGUUAGACAUUGGAACCAAAAUCAAUGCUGAAGGUCUUGCUGGCCUAACUCCAUUAAUGAUGGCAGCUAGCUACAAUAAUGUAGCAGCUAUAUCUCUACUGGCUGAGUAUAAGGCAGAUUUAGAAUUGUUUUCUGAAAGUCAUCCUCCUAGCUCAGCAAUUCACUUUGCUAUAGUGGAUGGCAGAAAAGAAGCUGCCGAAAUCUUGCUUGAUUUAGGUGUACCUCCUAACCUUCACAAUCCUAUAAUAGGAAUCACACCACUUAUGGCAGUAGCUAUGACCAAUCAGGAGGAAAUUUUCGCUGUGCUCAUGGAUCGUUAUCAAGAUAGAGUAAUGAUAGAUUUUCAGGAUAUCAAUGGGUUUACAGCAUUACUGUAUGCUUGUCAACAUGGCUACACUUUCAUUGUUGAAAGAUUACUUAAAGCUAAAGCAAACACAAAUUUGAAAGUAAAAAAUGGUUUGACAGCUUUGCAUCUAGCCUGCUACUUGGGUCAUCAAGAAUUAGUUAAGCAACUACUUAACUGUAAUGCAGACCCAAACAUCUCGUUACAAGAUGGAACUACUCCUCUCAUAACAGCUACUUACUACAAAUACUACAAAAUAGUGAAGCUCUUACUUCAAUCAAGCGCUUUAGUUGAUACACAAACUGACAGCACUACAGGUCAAGCAACUGCUCUUCUUAUAGCUAGUGUUGAUGAUGAUGUUCAAAUGAUGUUUCUUUUGCUAAAUGCUAAAGCUAACGUUAAUAUUAAAGAUGCUGCUGGCAUGACACCAAUGCAUAAAGCAUGCUUCAAUGGAAAUAAAGAAAUGGUUCAGCGUUUGCUUGAAAAUGGAGCCAAUCCCAAUUUAUGCACAUUAACUGGAGACACACCAUUGCAUACAGCUUUUUGUGGCAAAAUUAAUGCUGAAAUUAUUCGAUUGAUUUUGGCUGCUGGUGCCAAUCCUAAUGCUGUUGAAAAGACUUACAAACUCACACCGUUGCAUUUAGCAUGCUGUAUGAAUGAGAUAGCAAUAAUAGAAACAUUGCUAAGUGCUGAUAAAAUUAACAUCAAUGUGCUAGAUGUAAAUGGUCGUACUCCUUUGUCCUUUGCUUCUUCACUUGGUCACAGCAAGGCAGUUGAAAUUUUACUCAAGGCUGGGGCUAACACUGAAUUAGGAGAAAAUAUUUGUGGUUGGACACCUAUCUUUUUUGCUGCUGCGGUGGGGCAUCUUGAAACGCUAACUCUUCUCCUUGAGCAUGGAGCCAUUCUUAAGGAGGACAACGAUGGCAGAACACCACAAGCAAUAGCAGAGCAAACGGGUCAUUUGGAAGCCCAUAAAAUUCUUUCUAAAGGUUAUGUUGCCCAAGAAUACAAAAAAGUUGUUACUUUAGCUCCUUUAAAAAGUGUUCAACCAUUAGAGUUGAUUGAAUCUUACUGCAAAAGUAUUUUAUCACAAGUAAAAUCUUUGAGGAAUAUUUUCAGCAACUUCUUUAAACAAUUUGAACAUUUUGCUGGGUCUAAAGUAACAGCUGGCGCUGUACAAUAAAACAUUUAUUAUUCAUUAAAUUUUAAUUUGCUAAUUUUUGUCAUAUUUUU